AUGUAUAUGUCAUCCGAUGCAAUCGAUGCAUACAGCAUUGCGAUAUUAGCUGGUGCACCAUAUGCGCAAUUGUUAUCACAAUCAUUAAUUACAUGGCCAUUGGUAUUUAUCCUAUUUACAUUACCUGCAGCAAAUUUACUUAUCAAUUUAGGCUAUAUUUCGGGUGCUGGACCUGUAUUAACAUUUGCCCGAAUUGCACCAAUUGCUUCAGGUAUCGGUUGGGCUCUUACAUGGUUGGCUGGCGAACGAUUAUUUAUACGAUCAUUAACUGCCGCUCAAAAUUUGAUAUAUAUAUUUGCAUCGUUAAGAAGACGUUUGGAUUGGGCAAUUGAAUGUGAUCAUAGUUACAAUGAUCAUUUAUGCAUUGAAUUAUUACGGAUUAAUAUUUCACAUGGAAAAGCACAACAUCAACCGGAUAAUAAUUGGCCGGCACAACAAUUUAACAAAUAUGCAGUUCGACAAUUACCACAUUAUACCAAUUUAUCUAAUUGGGUACCAAAUGCAUGGUACUUUGAAGAUCCCAAUAAUAUGGGGAAAUUUUCGAUUGAAUUUCCCGUUUUUUCACUAAGUCUUGCACAUAUUUUAAUUUGGAUAAUAUUAUUUUUAAUUGUAAAAAAGUAUGGUACCAAUCCAGGAUGGUUUCUUGCACGAUUUUGCUUACUCUUGCCAUUAUUCUUAUAUACCAUUCUGAUUUGCGGCCUUACAAUAGUUGGAUUUUCAUUUAGCAAAACUAAUGAACGUGAAAUUGCAUCGGAAAAUGUGGAAAAAUAUCCAUUUCAAUAUUUCUCCGAAAUUCAUGGUUUCUUUCGUACCACAAUUGCUUUAAUGGAUUAUUCAUCAACGUUUACAGGCAUUUUAAUAUAUGCCUCAAGUCGGAUACAUUCGGGAAAUGCGCCAAUGAAUGCUGUCGCACUUCUUACAGCCCAAUUGUUACCACCAACGUUUCUUUACGUUUUGAGAGAUGGUUGCAAUGGUCAUUUAGCAAAUGUACAACCUGCUUACGAUAGUUAUGCGGCAACUGGAUUUAUAAUACUUUAUGUCAGUGAAAUUGAUUAA